GAAAGGAAUACUAACUGAACAAAAAAUGAUUUUUGUUCCAUCUUCUUUAAGUGUUAUGACAGUGCUGGAAAGGAAAAUACUAGGUUGGAGGAGACAACUGAAGCCAACACAAUGAACAUCAUCUUAGAAUUCUUUCUACUCCUGGCCAUCAUCAUCUACUCCUACUUGGAGGCGUUGGUGAAACUAUUUGUUCCUGUGAAAAGAAAAUCUGUCAGUGGAGAGAUUGUUUUAGUUACUGGUGCUGGACAUGGAAUUGGAAGACUCACUGCCUAUGAAUUUGCUAAACACAAAAGCAAACUGGUUCUGUGGGAUAUUAAUAAGCACGGUAUUGAAGAAACAGCUGCUGAAUGCAGAAAACUAGGAGCCACAACUCAUGCUUUUGUGGUAGACUGUAGCAAAAAAGAGGAAAUUUAUAGCAUGAUAAAUAAGAUAAAGAAUGAAGUUGGCAAUGUGACCAUCGUGGUGAAUAAUGCUGGGACAAUUUAUCCAGCAGAUCUUCUGAGCACCAAAGAUGAAGAAAUUACCAAAACAUUUGAAGUCAAUAUUCUAGGUCACUUCUGGAUUACCAAAGCACUCCUGCCUCCCAUGAUGCAGAGAAACCAUGGUCAUAUUGUCACUGUGGCAUCCAUAUGUGGUCAUGGAGUGAUUCCUUAUCUUAUCCCUUAUUGCUCCAGUAAAUUUGCUGCUGUUGGGUUUCACAGAGCCCUAACAUCAGAACUUGCUGCCCUGGGGAAAAAUGGAAUCAAGACCUCUUGUCUUUGCCCUGUUUUUGUGAAUACUGGCUUUACCAAGAACCCAAGCACCAGAUUAUGGCCUGUUUUGGAGACAGAAGAUGUUGUGAAGACACUGAUGGAUGGAAUUCUAACCAAUAAGAAAAUGAUUUUUGUUCCAUCAUAUUUGAGUUUCUUUUUGGUAUUAGAAAAGUAA